GCCUCCUGCAGCUGAACUUGCUGUCUCACUCAUGCUUCCUGGUUUCACUCACAUGCACAUAGGAGGAAGAGCUGAAGAGUCUUAGCCGCACAUGAAGCAGCUCUGUCUAUUUUAAACCUCACCAGAUUGGAUUCAGGAUAUUUUUAUAUCUCUUGUGGCGUGUGACAGAUUGUAUGUAAAAGGAAGAGCCAGAGCAGAGUUUCUCUAUCUUUUUUUACAUUUUUAUUUUGGAUUUUUCUCCAUCUGACUGUAGUCUGAACGUGUGUGUGACACACACAGAGAGGGAGAGAGCGUGUGUGUUCGUGCGAGUCUGCAUGUGUGUGUGAGAGAGAAAGAGGACCAGGAUGAUUGCAGCCCAACUACUAGCCUAUUACUUCACUGAACUCAAGGAUGACCAGGUUAAAAAGAUCGAUAAGUACCUGUACUCCAUGCGUUUCUCUGAUGAGACGUUACUGGACAUCAUGCAUCGCUUUCGGAGGGAGCUGGCCAAAGGACUGGGUCGGGACACUAACCCCACCGCCGCACUAAAGAUGCUGCCAACGUUUGUGCGGUCAAUCCCUGAUGGCUCAGAGAAAGGAGACUUCAUUGCAUUGGAUCUGGGAGGCAGUAACUUCAGGAUCCUGCGUGUCAGAGUCAGCCAUGAGAAGAAACAGACUGUUCAGAUGGAGAGUCAGAUCUAUGACACACCAGAGGACAUAAUUCACGGCAGUGGAACAAGACUGUUCGACCAUGUGGCAGAAUGUCUUGGUGACUUCAUGGAAAAACACAGCAUCAAAGACAAGAAGCUGCCAGUGGGUUUUACCUUCUCCUUCCCCUGCCAGCAGACUAAACUGGACGAGGGAUAUUUGAUAACAUGGACAAAGCGUUUCAAGGCUAGUGGAGUGGAGGGGAUGGAUGUUGUCAAGCUGCUCAACAAAGCUAUUAAGAAACGAGGAGACUAUAAUGCUGACAUCAUGGCUGUAGUAAAUGAUACGGUUGGAACGAUGAUGACCUGUGGGUUUGACGACCAACGCUGUGAAGUCGGCAUCAUCAUUGGUACAGGCACCAAUGCGUGCUACAUGGAGGAGCUGCGUCACAUUGACCUGGUGGAGGGAGAUGAGGGCCGAAUGUGUGUAAACACUGAGUGGGGAGCCUUCGGGGACGAUGGCAGGCUGGAAGACAUCAGGACAGAGUUCGACAGAGAGAUAGACCGAGGCUCUCUCAACCCUGGCAAACAGCUAUUUGAGAAGAUGGUCAGUGGUAUGUACAUGGGGGAGUUGGUUCGUCUCAUUCUUGUGAAAAUGGCCAGAGAAGGCCUGCUGUUUGAGGGAAGGAUCACCCCCGAGCUGCUUACUAAAGGGAAGUUUGAGACUAAGCACGUCUCAGCCAUAGAGAAGAGUAAGGAAGGAUUGUCCAAAGCCAAAGAGAUUCUGACCAGACUUGGCGUGGAGCCUUCAGCUGAUGACUGUAUCGCUGUGCAGCAUGUUUGCACCAUUGUGUCUUUCCGCUCUGCCAACCUGAUAGCUGCCACGCUGGCUGGCAUCCUGACAAGGCUAAAAGAGAACAAAGGUGUGUCACGACUUCGGACCACUGUAGGCAUCGAUGGAUCUCUCUACAAGAUGCAUCCACAGUAUGCCCGUCGUCUUCAUAAGACAGUCCGUCGUCUGGUCCCGGACUCUGAUGUCCGAUUCCUCCUAUCAGAGAGUGGCAGUGGAAAGGGUGCUGCCAUGGUGACAGCUGUGGCCUACAGACUCGCCGACCAAUCACGACAAAUCGCCGAAACAUUGUCCGAAUUCCGCCUGACAACCGAACAGCUGCUGGAGGUAAAGAAGCGAAUGAAGACAGAGAUCCAAAAUGGCCUUUCAAAGAGCACUCAGGACUGUGCUACUGUCAAAAUGCUACCAACCUUUGUACGAAGCACUCCGGAUGGCACAGAAAAUGGUGAUUUCCUGGCUUUGGAUUUAGGUGGAACCAACUUCAGAGUUCUGUUGGUCAAGAUUCGCUCUGGCAAGAGGAGAACAGUGGAGAUGCACAACAAGAUCUACGCUAUUCCUCUAGAAGUCAUGCAGGGCACAGGAGAGGAGCUGUUUGAUCACAUUGUGCAGUGCAUCAGUGACUUCCUGGACUACAUGGGGAUGAAGAACGCUCGUCUUCCUCUGGGCUUCACCUUCUCGUUCCCCUGCCGGCAGACCAGCCUGGACGCUGGCAUCCUGGUGACAUGGACCAAAGGCUUCAAGGCGACAGACUGUGAAGGAGAAGAUGUGGUGGGACUGUUGAGGGAGGCAAUUAAGAGGAGAGAGGAGUUUGACCUGGAUGUAGUGGCUGUAGUCAACGAUACAGUGGGAACCAUGAUGACUUGUGCCUAUGAGGAACCCACCUGUGAGAUCGGACUCAUUGCUGGCACUGGCAGUAAUGCGUGCUACAUGGAGGAGAUGAGGAACAUCGAGAUGAUUGAGGGAGAUGAGGGACGGAUGUGUGUCAACAUGGAAUGGGGGGCUUUCGGAGACAACGGAUGCCUUGAUGAUAUUAGGACGGAAUAUGACCGCGCUGUGGAUGACUUCUCACUCAAUCCAGGCAAACAAAGAUAUGAGAAAAUGUGCAGCGGCAUGUACCUUGGUGAAAUUGUGCGAAACAUCCUCAUAGACAUGACAAAGAGAGGAUUCCUGUUUAGAGGACAGAUUUCUGAGACACUGAAGACCAGAGGCAUCUUUGAAACAAAGUUCCUCUCACAGAUAGAGAGUGACAGAUUGGCUUUGCUGCAAGUCAGAUCCAUCCUACAACACUUAGGACUGGACAGCACCUGUGAUGACAGUAUCAUUGUCAAAGAGGUAUGUGGAACAGUGUCACAUCGUGCAGCUCAGCUGUGUGGGGCAGGAAUGGCGGCCGUGGUCGAUAAGAUCAGAGAGAACCGAGGACUGGACCAUCUCAACAUCACUGUAGGGGUUGAUGGAACGCUCUACAAACUUCAUCCACAUUUCUCCCGGAUCAUGCACCAGACAGUUAAUGAACUGGCUCCUCAGUGUAAUGUCAACUUCUUGCUGUCAGAGGACGGCAGUGGGAAAGGAGCUGCACUCAUCACAGCCGUGGGCUGCCGACUGAGACAAGAGCUGAACAGUAAAUAGAAAACAUCUCCCCUGUCUCACUGUUAUCUCCCCACUUCUCUGGGCUCCCCCUCCACUCUUGUCUUUCACUCUUUUCUCACCCAUUGUAAAUCCAACCCAUCCAGUCGAUGUAUCACGCUCCAGUAGCUGCCUUAGUCUGUCUACGUGACAGAGAGAGAGGAGGAGGAGAUAGCUUUCUCUGCUGUGUAAAGUAGCAGAGAGUCAGGCACCAUGUUGUAGUUAGAUUAUAUUUGAUUAACCAUUUUAACAAUGCUCAAAUUCUGAAAGGUUUUUAAUUUUUUUUGAUUUAUGAGGUUAAAGUUAUAAAGAAAAAACAUGUACAUUCAACUCCUGAGAAAAUGUGCAGGGCAGAAAAAAGAUUUCACAUGCUCCUGUAAUGCUCCUGUGUCGCCGUCUGGAGGACUCCAAUGAUAACUGAAGUCUGGAGUACAACAAACACAACAGCUGCAGGGCCACUUCAAUACAACAUCGUGCAGUAAAAAUCCUUGCAACAUGUUCAGAAGAUGUUAAAACAGUGUUUUAGACCAAAGUCAGAGUGUGUCUGCUGUAGGCCAGGAGUAUGAUAUAUUAACAUGUAAUGAGAUGAAAGGGAAUAUUUUUUUGUUUUUAAUAUCUUACCCAGACAUAAUACAAUAUGUUAUACAUAUAUUGUAGCUAUUUAUUUUAUUUUUAUAUUGGGAGAUAUUGAGAAAUGUUAUUAUUGCGAAAAUGAUGCACACAGAGGAAGCCAUCAUGCAAAAUCCCUCAGACGGUACCUGUCGUGUGAACAAGGGCAGAAACAUAACAAAAGAGGGACUUUUACCAUGACUUGAUCUGCAGGGAAAGCCAUGUCACGUACUUGUUGAAUGUGAAGAUUUGUUUUAAUCAACACGGCAAUCCUAUUCUUCUCUAAUGUACUCUACUGUAAAAUAUGUCCAAAGAGCACUUGUAUUUUACUAAGUAGAAAUCCUGUUGUUGGUUCUAAUAACAGAUGUUGAUAAUUUGUUGUCGUCUUAAGAAGUGCCGGCUACCCUCAUCACCACAGUGAGGGUGACCAGUUACUUACCAACAGCCAUGAAACAGGAAUGUGGUGCUAACAUAGAUGCCAGACGAACAACGAUGGCCAAACUGUGUGUAAGAAGAAUAUUAAAGUUGUUGAAACUUUAAGGGGAACUGAAAUAAUUUGGAAAUUAAGUUCCUUCCUACACUCUCUCCAUGUUCUCCAUAUGCUCCUGAAAGCUCAGGAGGCUGUUAAGUGAACUACUGUAUGGCUCAUUCAAGUAGCACAGUUCAAUAUUUAUUUUUCUCUUCAGUUAAAGCAAAUAAACAAAUUAAUGACUGCUACUUAUGAUACUCAUUGAAAGAUGGGUUUAUUUGAUCACUGUCAGUUCUGAGAAAAAGGCUGGCCUUUUUUGAUCCCACAUACACAUAUUCAAGACUAUAACAAGAUAAAUGUUUUUAAAAUGAAGAUGCAUUCUUACACUUGUGGUGCUCAUGCACCAGGUCAGUGAUGUUCAAUUAGAACAGGGUACCAUCACUCAGAGGCAGCUGUGGUGCACAGAUGGACCUUUAAGAAGUUACAUAACAUUUUACUGCCAUCUUUGUGAAUCACAGUUUAAAUUCUGGCUCAUGGGGACAAAUAAGCACCGGUCCAACCUGAAGCUAAUACUGGUAACAAAUCAUAUCAACAAAACUGCUAGCUAGUUGAAUUUCCAUUCCUAACUUACGACCAGGAUAAAGACAGCCAGCCUCUCCAGGAGGAUCCUGAGCUCCCCUGCCUUCAGAAGUCAAUCUAAAAGCCAUCUCAGCACAUGAAAACACACAGACACCUUAAUCUCUUUGCCUCUUUGUUCACAAAACCCAGACUGUAUCUGUCCAACACUGUCAAUCAACUUGUCACUAAAUAAAAACAAACCUGUGUCAA